GAAGUUUUGGCAAAAAUCGCAGCAAUGUCAGCUUCUGCUUAAAUUAAAAACUAUUCUUCUUCUUCUUCUCCUACGCGGGACGCAAAAUGUCGAACUCCGCAGAGCAAAACCUAGCAAUAGUAGCAGCAGCAACUGAAGGAGAAGAAGCGGAACAGCGAGUUUCUGAUAACGACAACACCAGCGAGCAAUCCCAAGAAUGGGAGACCAUGGCUCGAGCUUGGCUCUGCUCGUUCCCCGAGGCCAAAGCUGUGUCCAUGGACGAGGUCGAAGCCUGGAUCGACUCCAACUUUGACUUCAUCCCAGAAGGCAUCAAAUCCAUGCCUCGCCCUGACCUCUGUCAGCGCCUUAUUUCCAUUCAGAAUUGCAUGAGACUCCCUAAUCAGGAAGAAAAGGAAGAAAACCAAGGUGAUAUCCCACAUGCUCGAUUCCAACGAACUGAUCAAUGGAGACCGGUUUAUAUUUGGUUGGAAUCUUUGGAUAAAGAUGAGGUGGUUAAGUCCAAAGAUAUAUCUGACUGGCUAACUGAGAAUCCAGAUAUUCAAGAACAGUUGUGCUCUAGGCAUUCUCGGUAUCAUUUGAUGCAUUACAUCAAGAAGUGCCAUAUGAAGAUACUAAAGAGGCGGGAAAAGAAGAAGGUAUUGAAUACUUCUUGUUUUAGCUCAAUUAGCCUAGAAAUUUUCAAGCGUCUGUCUGAAGAUGCAGAUGCUUCCUCAAUUUGGACCACAUCAGGCGUCCAGCAGCCUGACACACCAGCCCCUCUAAAGGUUCACAAAGAUGUGUUGAUGAAACAGCCAGCUCAGCUGCCAUCUCCACUCUCUGUUUGCAAUUCAUUGAUCAAUGUACCAAAAGAUAGUGAUGUAUAUUUGACAAAACGAAAGGAAGCACUUCAGAAAUACGAGAUCUUAGCGGAGUUGGAGAAGCUGCUUGCCCCCACCUUUUUAAAACGUGAAGAUGGAAACAAAUGAAGGGAUUUUGAAACACCGAACUUGUAUCUGUGUCCUGCCUGCAUGUUCGUGAUUCUGUAAUGUAGCAGGUGCUUUGCUGAUUGGUUAUAAGUUUUGGCUUUUAACUGAUCCAAAUUAUAUUUCUCUUUAGGAAAAGCCAGAGCUUCUAUCUGUAAAGCAAGCUUUGCAUAAGCUGAUUUUUAAACUAAUUUCCUUGUAAUCUUACCAGUACUUCUCCUAGAUAAAUGAAUCAUUAACCUUUAUAGACACUGACUUUCAAUUUCGUAGAUGGAAGCGUUUUGAACCGUUUC